UUGACAUAUGCUCCAAAGUAUUGUGUACAACUGAAGAAGAAAGCCGAGUCAAAAGAAGUAAAUAAAAAUAAGUGCAAGUUCAUUCCUGAGCACGUUUUCUUUGCUGACUUUGAGUGCAGUACGGAUGGCUUUCAUAAAGCUUUUAACAUCUGUUAUGACAGUGAAGAUGGUUCAGUGAGUGAAAGCAUAUGGGGUCAGAACUGUGCAACAGAAUUUUUGGAACGACUUCCUGACAAGAGUUUAAUAUAUUUCCAUAACCUCAGCUAUGAUAUAAACUUCAUCUUAAGACACAUGACAGAAGUGAAAGGAACUCCCAUCAUUAAAGGUUCACGAACAAUGCAAAUAAUUGGCUUAUAUAAAGGAAGGGCAAUUAUUAUAAAAGACUCUUACAGUGUUAUAAAUAAGAAACUUAAACUAUUUCCUGCUAUGUUUAACUUACAAACAGGACCGAAAGAAGUAUUUCCAUACAACUACUACAGCAGUGUUUUGUUAGCAAAUGACAACAGAACUGGUGUCAUUUCUGAAGCAUGUAAGUUUAUACAGGAUGCAGAUACAUUCAUGAAAAACAUAGAUUCCAUCAAAGGUUGCAGAAUAGAUGAAAACCAUUUCGACUUAGAAAAAUAUAGCACGUUUUAUUGCAAACAAGAUGUAAGAAUUUUAAGAGAAGGUUUUGUUAAGUUCCGCAAUGACAUAUUGAAAGAAUUUGAUUUAAACGUUUAUGACUACGUUAGUAUUUGUUCAAUUGCUAACAAAUUAUUUGAGAACAGAGUAUACUUCCCGAAUGGAAAUCUUUAUGACCUCUCAAAUAAACCAAGAGAAUUUAUUUCACGCUGCAUUCAAGGUGGAAGAUGUAUGUUGUCAGAUAACAUUAAACAAAAGAGCAAAAAGAAACUCAUUGCUGACUUCGACGCUGUUUCAUUAUAUCCAUCCGCUAUAGCAAGAUUGUAUACUUUAGAAGGAAUUCCAAAAGUAUUGAAGGAUGAGAUGUUAAGCACAGAGUAUCUCAUGAGACAUUUAUUCGAUGACGACCAAAAGGAACCCAUUGGUGAAAAGUUUAUGUCUGGCUUCUUUGUUCUCAUUAAGAUAACAGAGAUUGGAAUACCCAGACACUUUCCUUUAAUAGUUUGUGACCCUGAACUAAAUCCAGAACUUAACGUUCCCAGAAGUUCAAACACUUGCUGUCUCAUGUAUGUUGACCAUAUAACAUUACAAGACCUCAUAAAAUAUCAAGGUGUCAAAUGUGAAGUGUUGCAAGGAUACUAUUACGAUGGAAACAGAGAUAUUAGAAUAAGAGAUGAAGUAAAGAAGUUGUUUGAGUUAAGAUUAAAGUAUAAGAAAGAAGGAAAUCCUUUGCAAGAAAAUAUAAAGCUCAUUCUGAACAGUAUUUAUGGCAAAACUAUUCUAUCUCCUAUUGAGUCAAAAAUAACCAUAGUAGAUGACAAAGAUGCUAUAAGAUAUGCCAUCAGAAACUACAACCAUAUAGUGAAGUUCGAAGGUUUGGAUGGUUCAGAUAAAACUAUUUUCAAGCUAACGAAAAGCAUUUGCAGACACUUUAACUUCUGUCCACUUGGUGUUAACAUUCUAUCUAUGUCGAAGAGAAUAAUGUGUGAAGUAUUCUGUACAGCUGAGGACUUAGGAAUGGACAUCUUUUAUAGCGACACCGACAGUAUGCAUCUCUACAAUGAAGAUAUCCCUCGUUUAGCUGAAGAGUUUAGAACGUUAUGGAAAGUUCUCAUUGGUAAAAACCUUGGUCAGUUUCAUAGUGACUUCGCAGAAAUAACACCUGGAAAACAAAGUUUAGCAUACAAGUCAAUAUUUUGUGGAAAGAAGACUUACAUAGACUUACUCACGAAUGAUUUAAAUGAAGUUGCAUUUCACUGCAGAAUGAAAGGCGUGAAGCAAGAUGUUAUUGCUUUAACCGCUAAUGAAAUGUUUCCUGACUCUGUUCAGUGUUUCUAUGAUGAAGAUAAAGGUUUAAUGGUUCCGCAAGGAAAAUUUGACAAAGACUCUGAGUUCAGUUUAAUGAAACUUUACAAAGCACUUCAUGAUGGUCAAGAGAUUGGAUUUGACUUAUGUAAGUCAUGUCAACCUUGCUUUGAAGAGAAGUUUAACUUCUCAAUAACGACUAAAACAAGCUUUAUUCGUAAGUUGAAGUUCUGA